AUGCCUACCCUAGCCAUUGCUGGAGGAACAUCUGCCAGCCUUGGCCGCGCCAUUAUCACUGCCGUCAUCUCUUCUGAGCAAAGUUUUUGGAACAUAGUGAUUCUCUCACGCAACCUGAGUGCUCCCCUCUGGCUCCGCGCCAUCGACAGAGAUGGAACGCGUGCCCAGAUUCAUGCGAUUAAUUAUCAUUCCGUCGAUUCCCUCGCAGCCGCCUUGAAAGGUGUCCACACCGUUGUUUCUGUUACAUCGGCUGUGGAUGGGUCCCAGGCAAAAAUACAAAUCAACUUGCUGGAGGCCGCGGUCAAAGCUGGCUGCAAACGCUUCGCGCCAGCGCAAUGGGGCUUUGGGCCAUUAGGGUCGGAGAACAUCUCCGUUCUCAAGUGGGCAAAUGAGGGUGUGUGGGAUGCAUGCGUGAAGCACAAGGACAAAAUAGAGUCUGCCAAGUUUAACAUCGGGUCCUUUAUGAACUACAUCGGCCACGGAAUGUACCCAAUUCCAUCGCCAACGAGUAGCGAGGAAACGAUGCUUCGACAGUUGGCAGCUGGGAAAGGAUACGCCGCUGGCGAAGACGAAGCGUGCCAGGGUCUUCAGCGGCAAGGAGAUCUGAACGAUGGCUCCGGAGCGUUUCUGCUUGGGCUGAGAAAUGGAGUUGCCGAGCUACCUCAGACCGAGGACGGCCGAUGGCCGCGGAUCAGCAUGACAUCUCUGAGAGAUGUGGGCCGAUUUAUGGCAGCGUCUCUAGACUUGCCAGAGUGGGAGGAAGACAUGACUAUGGUCGGAGAUACUCUCACUAUGGGGGAGCUGCUGGCACAUGCAGAAGCUGUAACGGGGAAGAAGUUCCAGGUCGAUGUAAUCAAGCCUAGGGAUCUUGAAAUCAAGCUCAAAGAGACCGCACAGGACGACUUCAUGGCCCUGAUGUGGGCUGAAUUCAAAUUAGCUUAUACCCGGGAUCUGGAAGAUGAGGUAGUUCUGCAGCCUGUGGUGAAUAGACUCUGCCCUACUGUUAUUCCUAUGUCAGUGCGGCAAUACAUGGAAAACUACUGGAGCAACGUCUAA